GCAGGUGAUUCCCGGAGUAGUGUGUGCGUGUGCUGGUGGGAGGGACACAGCCCUGGCAGCCCUGGCAGAAUGACACCACACUCCGUUAUAUUCACCUUCAAGACGGACAAGUGAGGGCCUCCUAAGUUACCCCUGCAGCCGAGGACCUUGGUGGUGGUGGGGAGGACCAGUUGAAUACCACACACACACACACACACACACACACACACACACACACACACACACACACACACACACACACACACACACACACACACAAACACAAACACAAACACACGCACGAAACACACACACACAUUCCUAGCCGCCUGCACAAUGGGUAGAGAGAACACGACUAGCGAUGACUGGAACUAUACACUCCCCAACCUACUGGAGUAUUUGGAUGGGCUUCUGGAGGGAGGCAGCGGGCAGGGACAUCCAAUCCUCCAGGACCCUAGCAGAACCACUGAUGCCCCAGCCACCACUCUGUGGGGAACUGUGGGGAGUGCCCUCACCUCCUCGCCAACGCCGCCCACCACUACCACAACCCCACCCAUCAACAAACCCAUCUUUCCCCUGAACUUCACUUUGAGAACGACAAUGGAGACACUCUUGAAAACCCCGACUAAUAUUACCACCGUCUUGGAGCCACUGACCUCAGGGUCUGGAAGAGUGUUGGAGGCGGAAGCCACCUCGGCCACGAUGGGAAUGCUAGGUCCCUCCGUUCCUGACCUCAUACUGAGCAGCAACGACUCGUUAGUCACCCUCGACGACACUUACUGGCUCGGGAUCAAUGACUCCUUGAACUCAAGCCUCGUCUUCGGCAAUGGAACUAGCGAUGAACUUCUUGUAGACACAGUGGGCAUGGUCAUCACCUCUGUCGUGCUGGGCGUCAUGAUCCUCACUACAGUCAUAGGCAACGUGUUCGUCAUCGCCGCCAUACUGCUUGAAAGGAACCUUCAACAAGUAGCCAAUUUUCUCAUUGUGUCUCUGGCGGUCGCCGACCUUAUGGUAGCUUGCCUGGUCAUGCCUCUGGGUGCUGUGUACGAGAUCAGCAAAGAAUGGAUCCUGGGGCCUGAACUAUGUGAUAUGUGGACGUCGAGUGACGUCCUAUGCUGCACCGCAUCUAUUCUUCAUUUGGUCGCUAUUGCCCUGGAUAGCAUUAGAAGUGGACAAGAUUCUGAUGUUCUGUUUAUUCAAGUGAGAGAUUUUAACCAUCCAAUUGAUUUUGAAAAGUCUGAGAAAGUUGUAGGAAGCAAGUCCAUAAUCGAUAAGAAUGUACUAGAAUCAUGUUUCAUAAAAACAAUGGGUGCUGAAAUAAUGGGUGUUGAAACAAUGGGUGUUGAAACAAUGGGUGCUGAAACAAUGGGUGCUGAAACACUGGGUGCUGAAACACUGGAUGCUGAAACAAUGGGUACUGAAACACUGGGUGCUGAAACACUGGGUGCUGAAACAAUGGGCGCUGAAACAAUGGGUGCUGAAACACUGGGUGCUGAAACAAUGGGUGCUGAAACACUGGGUGCUGAAACAAUGGUUGCUGAAACAAUGGGUACUGAAACACUGGGUGCUGAAACAAUGGGUGCUGAAACACUGGGUGCUGAAACAAUGGGUGUUGAAACAAUGGGUGUUGAAACAAUGGGUGCUGAAACAAUGGACAGAUCUACCUGGGUGAAGAGGAGCGGGAGGCACGAAACCAACGGUGUGACGGAACACCAGACCACCGCCUUCAAAACCCAUCAGCAGUGGCUCUCCGGACAAGCCCUCGAACAACGGAGCGGUUCCGUCUCAUCGCACGUGUCCGAGGUUUCCAAACUAGAGAUGCUGCCAAAGGAGAUCACAAGAAGACUAAAGAAGGAGACUCUAGAAGCCAAGAGAGAGAAGAAGGCUCCCAAAAACGCUAGCUAUCAUCCGGGCGCCUUCGUCAUCUGCUGGCUGCCCUUCUUUGUCACGGCGCUGCUGAUGCCCAUCUGCCCAGCAUGCUACUUUUCCGACGCAUGUUCUCAUCUUUUUAUGGCUCGGUACUUCAACUCUACCCUCAACCCUACCAUCUACACUAUCUUCAGCCCUGAGUUUCGCGAGGCCUUAAAGAGGAUUCUUUUUGGCAGGAAGAGAAACCCAACGCUACAGACGGGGAAGGUUCGCUAA